UAAUUUUUUUUAUAAAGUUCAGCCUCUGAGUGAUGUCAUCAUAGAAUCAACCGGCACUUCCACAGACAUUUCAGCAUUUGAUGGUUCCUGCCACAUUUCGAACGCGCGAAUUACUAACACGAUAAGUAUUUUGAUAAGGGAAACUAAAUAUUAUUUUAAGGUAUGUGACUUAUCAUUGUUGUAUGUAUGACGUGCGGUUAACGCAUCGAAGUGUUUUGCGAUCGCGAUGUUAUAGUGCUAAUAGAUUGUAGUGAACUGUGUGCUAUGUAAACAAAUUUUGUGAAACGUGAGUGGAAUUGAAAUCCAGCAUCCCCAAAAUAUAAUUCUAUAAAUUUGAAGGAUGGUUGUUUCAAUACUGGCUGUGAUAUUUUAUAUAAAAGCGACGUGUGCCGAUUCCACUGUAGCGUACAGACAUUAUUACACUGGCGGCAGCGACGUGGAAUCUGCGAAUCAAUACCUCGUGAACUAUUUCAAUAACAUCAAAAGGUUACCAGUUUUGAACACUACAAAUAAUCCAAGCGAUACACUUUCUGUUACUAUACCCAAUAAUCAGGGAGUUCCCUAUAUUGAUUCCGACAGCAAGCAUCCUAAUAUUCCUGGCUUUAAAGCGGUGCCUGUUUGGGGUACUAUCGAGUCGACUCCGACUGGGGAUUAUUUUCCUUUGGAAACUAACUUAAACAGUCACAGUAAUUUGGCAUUGCAGGAUACAACAACUGCACAAAAUGAAAUAGGUGUCGAAGUUCCGUUAAGCGACCAAAGCAUCACCACAGAUCCGUAUACAUACAACGAAAAUUUCUCACAAUGCCCUGAUGGAUUAACUACUCACGAAACGUUGGAUAAACAAAGCAGCUGUUACAAAAUAGUGGACCCCACGACGUUCCCACCCCCAUGCCCAUACCCACUUAACAUCGACUACUACUUCUUUCAGAAGACUUAUAACACACAGCUAACAAACAAAGUUGUUUGGGCAUUUGCGCAAAGAAAUAUAUACAAUGGAGCCUACGAAUGGAUUAACUUUGCCCACAAUAGCAGUAUUAUCAGUACUCCACAGCAUUUACACGAAAAUGUUGGGAGAAAGAAUUGUAUGGUCAUUAACGGAACAGAAUUAAUUGCGGUGGAUUGUAACGAAAAAUUCUCGGGAGUAUGUAUUUACAAUUUCGACUACUCCAUCGAGGACACUUAUUGUAGACAAAAAUUAGACGAAAACUGUUUUGCCAGUACAAUAGGUUUCGUCGACAAAUGUUUUUGCGUACAGAGUGGGAACCAAACCGAUAAAUCCUGUGAUAAACUAGCCGUAUUGAAAGAUCCAUACCAAAAGCGAAUUGUGGCAAAGAAUCUCUACCGCAAUCAAUUUUGUUGGAUAGGUAGAAAUUCUAUAUCAGACUUGAGCUUAACGACGCACCCUGAUUGGUCUAACCGGACAAAUCGCAACAGGAAUUAUAGCGUAAUAGGAAACGAUGGAAGAAUAUUUGAAUACGGAAGAGAGCUAGAUUGUGCUAUCUGCGAAAGAACUAUCAAUGAAAAUAAUCGCGUACGCCUGCAACUCAAACACAACCUUACAAGUAACUACAUUCAACUGGAAAUUUUUAACGCAAUUGAUGCAUAUCAAGGUGUCAUAUGCUUCACGGGCAACGUGAGGAAUUUUAUUAAUCUCACUAUGUCUACUGCUGAAUAUGUCGUAGUGCAUCUUUGGCCAUACAAUCAAGUUAAAGAAGAUACUUGGUGUAAAACCUUACAACUACCUCAUAUGGAUGUGGUAUUUAGCAAUCACAUUAAAAAGAACACGCAUGAAGGAAACAUAUUUUCUGUCACUUGGACCGCCCCCAUUACCAACAUUUCAUAUUCGGAUAAUAUCUCUUGUCCAUCUGUGAAAAGCGGCAUCGUAAAAUAUAUAAAAUUAGUAUCGCAGCUCACAAUUCACGAACUAAAUAAGACUGAGAUAGUGUGUCAUUUGCAUAUAAUUCCUACCGGCUACACUACUUUAGACGAGUACGCGAUUUUGAAAGAAGCGGUGAAGAAUUCGAGUCUUGUUUGUGAAAACCUAGGCAGUGUGAAUAUGUGCUUCGCAACCGAAAGCACAUCUGGAUCCAAAACGUUACAUUGGCCACAAGCGAAUGUUGGUUGUACGGUGGUGUCACAAGAGCUUUGUUUUCAAAGUGAUGGCCUUCCAGUGACCCGAACAUGUUCCGGAAACGGAAUCGCUGCGGCCCAUUGGUUACCUGUGGUUGGAUCAUGUGCAGAAGUUUCCAUUCCACCAGUUACGGUAUUAUUAAACGAAAUUCUUCGCGCGCCUCCCGCAACUGCAAGUAGGGAUCUUUCGCUUCUUACAGAUCAUGAGGAGAACCUCGACGCCUUCCAAAUUCAUUUAAUUUCUCAAAUACUAUCAAACAUGGCCACAAAUAAUAAUGUCAGUAUUAAAGAUACAAUGUCUACUGUCAGCAAUAUGAUGAAAUUUCCACCGAGCAAUUUAAGAAGCUCUCAAUCGCUUUUGAACUCCACGGAUAUUAUUCUAUGGAGCUUAGACGAAAUUCUCCUUCACGUUGCUACCAAAACGGACGCUAGUGGUUUCAUGAGCGAAGGGGAUGACAUGUUACUGAUGCAAGUCACGAAUCUAAAGAAGACAGAUAUAACAGGAUUGAAACUUCUAUCAUCUGACUCGCAAGGCUUCAAUAAAACGAGCUUGGAAACUUUGCGUCAUUCUCCCAGCGGCAAUGAAAUCGAGGACAAUGUAGACUUGGCGCUCAUAAUUCCUCAAGAUCUUCGCACUGAAAUUAUGGAAUGCGCUGGGUCUAAGGAAUCGCCGAACGUUAUUACGUCCAUGUUCCACAAUGACUUAUUGUUUAACGAGAAGGGCAAUGCAACUGGUAAAUGCGAUGGGAAAAUACUUAGCGUGCUAUUGCCCGGUUUUAACUGUACGUUUUCUGCUCCGCUGCAAGUGAUUUUCAGAGCAAACUCGACGUCAAACGGCGAAGUAAAGUGCGUAUCGUGGUCUUACGGUGUAAAUGAAAUGAUGCAGAGCAUACACGGUCAUUGGUCAAUAGAGGGAAGCCCAAAGGACUUGGGAAACUCAUCGUACAAACUUUGCGAAUUUUCGCAUACAACGCAUUUUGCUUUGCUAGUUUUAGGGGAUACGCAAAUCGGUGAGGGACAUACAAAGGCACUAGACGUAAUAACUGCAAUCGGAAGCGGUUUAUCUAUCUUAGGAGUCUUAGUUAUCUUGCUAACGGCAGUUCUGUUUAAAUCUUAUCGGGCAACAAACGGUGUCGUGAUUAAUUUCUCAAUGUCAAUGGGGGCCCAAAUUAUUUUUCUGUUCAUUGCUGGAAGUGCGGGUCACGAUUUAACGUUGUGCACGAUAUUCGGCGCUCUUUUGCAUUACGCUGUCCUUUCGCAGUUUUUUUGGAUGUUAACUAUUGCGCUGUUGCAAUAUCAACGUUAUGUUAUAAUUUUUUCGAGUCCGCCCACUCAUUUAGUUGCUAAAUCGUGUUUAUUCGCUUGGGGGGUACCUCUUAUACCAGUAAUAACGAUAAUUUCAGUAUCUACGGCAAAUUAUGGAAAAAAUUCUUCUGGACUUUGCUACGCUUUAGGAAACUAUUUUAUAUUUGGCGUAAUUGUGCCGAUUGUCAUCAUUACCAUUGUAAAUUUGCUUAUAUUUCUUAGAAUUAUGGUCAGUAUUAUUGCUUCACGUAGGAUAAAAGUUCACCAAGACAGAGCCCAAGCCUGCCUACUUCAAUUAAGAUUAGCAUUUAUGUUGUUUUUCUUAUUAGGUCUCACUUGGUGGUUCGGGUUUUUCGCAACGAUUGGGGGAGGUGUAGUGUACGCGUAUUUAUUUUGUUUGACCGCGACCCUUCAAGGUUUUGUAUUAUUUUUAUUCUUCAUAGUACUCAAUGAAAAGACUAAAUCGUUGUGGAUAAGUAUAACACGUUGUUGGCGCAAAUCGAAGGAUUACGAUGUCACGCAAGAUUCCGCAUCUUCGGUAAUGAUGCGAAGGAAUCAAAUCAAUUCCACCGAUUCGUGCACAGAUUCUACUAGUGACGUAUUACGUAGGCUUAAGAAUAGAAACACUUCCGAAUUUUAAAAGCUCUCUUAUUGGAAAUUACUGAUAUCUUGUACUGAAUACAUGUAAAGACUGUA